AUGCUCAGAGGCGAAAUGCCGUUUAGUAAGCAACGUUCUGGUGUCUCAAACGCCAUGCUUCCAUGUUUUCCUCUCUCUGACCGACGUAAACAAGGUGGCCUACAAGAUAGAGAUAAUAAGCGGAUUCGGCAUAGGGACAACUGGAUAUUGAAUGUUCACAAAGAUUCAAGACUAAGUGAUCUUCGUAUUAGGUACAAGGUUAAGACAAUACCAGAUGGGACUUAA